GAAACGGCAUGACUCCUUUUUACGCGUUCAUCACCCACAAUUCAAGUCACCAGUCUCAAGGACUGCAGUUCAAUGGUUACAACAAGAUCAGCCUCUCGUGUAGUCGGGCACGACUCCCUCCAAGUCAUGGUCUCAAAUCCAGGAAGGUUUGUCCCUCAAGCCAGUGACGAGGAUUCAGAAGGCUCGGACCCUGGUCUUGCUCCACACCGCGUUAGGAAAAAAUCCAGGAAAGGGGCCAAAUCUAAAUCUUCAAAGAAAUUGAAAAGACGUGGACGACUCGACCUAAUGCCCACCAUGAACUUAGAUAUUCUGUUUCAUGUCAGGUUUAAGCAUACAACAUCUUCACGCAAGACUCACGAGUUGGCACAGAUCCUCAGUUUUCUCCAUCCAAUGGACCUUUUGAAUCUGUCCCGAACAAGCAAGGACUUUCGAAAUUUAUUGUUGCGGCGAUCAUCCGCUUCUGCUUGGAAAAUUGCCCGCCUCCAGAUUGAGGAUCUUCCUGGUUGUCCCCCAGACAUGAGUGAGCCGCAGUAUGCAAAUCUCGUUUUCUACCCUCAUUGCCAUGAUUGUGACAAAGUUGUCCGAAAUGUUUUGUGGCCACUUCGGGUACGGUACUGCCCAAGAUGCAUUGAUGAAAACACUGUUAAUCGGUGGAGUCCACAUGGCCGCAUCCCGUCGUUCGAUUUUGACCUACCCAAUGUCAUUACAUACGGACCAGGACGACAAAGUAGGCAGUUGCUCCUCAAGAAGGCACACGAUGAACUACUUGUCGAGCACCCGAAGACGCCAGCAGAUGAGAUGGCAGCUUUCCUUACUAAGAAGCGAAAACAUGCUGCUGAGGUCAUGGAACAUGCCAGGCAAUGUGAGCGGUGGUCAAAGUCUGUCGCAAGUUCUCGCAAACACGAACUUGGCGACCUUAGACGCAAUCGGCAGAACGCAAUUAUUGCUCGCCUUACCGAAGCAGGUUACAAGCCUGAGUUGGACUAUAUCGAUAUUGAUUGGUUGCGAGACCAAGCGAGAACAUGGUUCAGGGAACCAAAGCCUCUUACGCAGAAAUCAUGGGAUCGUAUGUGCCCAGUUUUAAUCACAACGCUCGACCCUGUUAGGGCCCGUCGCCUAGAGGAUAAGGUCUAUGGUAAUAGGCGUCGGAUUCUCAUGGAUGAAUACAAGAAGUACCUCCAGCAGCCUCCUCCCCCUGGCGCAGCAUUUGACGUGAUGCCGCACGCCGUUGAUGUAGCAGAGUUCGGCCCCUUCAAAGAUCUCAUCACGUCACCUGAAUCAACCACAAUUGCUGCGACUUCGUUCCUCUCUGCUUUUCAGCAGCUCCCGGACUUGGUAUCCUCCUGGAGAGCCAAAAUCGAUCACGAUUUUUUGGACCUGGUCCGCUUUCCAGAAAACCAUGGCGAUAGUGGCAAACAAAAGGGCUCGGAUUGGCUGCAGUUGGCGACUGCUGUAUUCGUCAUGGAAUCCGGUAAUGAUUGUCGUCUCAUGAUGUAUCCCGAUGUACUCUUGUGGCCCGGAUUCUUCUCUUUGUCAUCCAUCCCGCAGAAUGACGAGCUCUUCCUACUACGAGCGAAACAGUUUGGGUGCUCCAGGUGGUCCACCGCACAUUUUUCUCGGAUCAAUGUGUUUUGGGGAACCGCAGCUGUUGUCCAGGCCGCCAACCUUGACCCAAAGACUACGCGUCGCGAAGACAUGGACAGGCUGGAUGCUCGCUUUGCAUGCGGAAAGUGUUCCACGCCGGGUAGAAAGGUGGUUAUGACAUGGGAAAUGGCGGUAAUGCACAGCUACCGCUUGCACCGAGAUCAGCAACUUGAAGAGAUCAAGUGGUCAUUGAUAGAGGGUGACGAGUUAGCAAAUGUCAAGAAUUAUGAGCGAGAGGUCAAACCUCCUGUGAAGGCAGAUGCUAUCGUGCAUUGCGCCUUGUGCCAGCAUCAUUUGCGCGAUGCACUGUCGCUUACACCCAUCCUGAACCAUCUGGCUCAGAUUCAUGGGAUUCCCUUGAAUAAGGCUGAACAAGGCGCACACUACAUUCCUGAGCGUAAUUCAAUAUCGGUGAUUUCUAUGGUUUUGGACAGUGAUGGUAAAAUAUCAAACUAUGCUUCCCAUCGAUUAGUUCCGUCGUACUCCAGUGGGGUAGAACUCCUUUAUGGCAAGAGUCAUCUAGUGUAGUACAUAGUUCCCAUUUGUCUCAUUCUUUAUACCUCGCUGAAUACUCAUUGUACAACCCAAACUACGAAUCCGAACCUACUAGACUUUG